CCUCCCCUCCACGGCCCCGCCUUUUCGAGGGUUGGGGCCAGAAGUGACGCUCGGGCUGAGCGGCCACAACAGUUUUCCACGUGCGCGUAGGGCGCGAGAGUCAUGUGGGGAGGCGAGAGCCAAUGAGGAAGCGUUUCGUGUAGGUCUUCUCCUGAGGUGGUGGUUCCUGCGGAGGCCUCCCGCCAGAAGGGAGCGGGCUGAGGGAGUCAGCGGCGGCCGCGGGAGCGCGAGGUCCGUGUGCUAGCGGCAGCGGGGCGCGCGCCAGCUCCGGGAGGCCGGGGUGAGGGGCCGAGCCCGAGCAGCCGAACCAAGCCGGUCGUCAGCGUCGCCGGCGCCUCCGCUCUGUGGAGAAGCCCCGGCAGCCUGAGGGUGCGGGUUAUUAGAAAUGGCUACUCCCCAGUCAGUUUUCAUCUUCGCAAUCUACAUUUUAAUGAUAACAGAAUUAAUUCUGGCCUCAAAAAGCUAUUAUGAUAUCUUAGGUGUGCCAAAAUCAGCAUCAGAGCGCCAAAUCAAGAAGGCCUUUCACAAGUUGGCCAUGAAGUACCACCCUGACAAAAAUAAGAGCCCUGAUGCUGAAGCAAAAUUCAGAGAGAUUGCAGAAGCAUAUGAAACACUCUCAGAUGCUAAUAGGCGAAAAGAGUAUGAUACACUUGGACAUAGUGCUUUUACUAAUGGUAAAGGACAAAGAGGUAGUGGAAGUCCUUUUGAGCAAUCAUUUAACUUUAAUUUUGAUGACUUAUUUAAAGACUUUGGCUUUUUUGGUGAAAACCAAAACACUCGGUCCAAGAAGCAUUUCGAAAAUCAUUUCCAGACACGCCAGGAUGGUUCCAGUAGACAAAGGCAUCAUUUCCAGGAGUUUUCUUUUGGAGGUGGACUGUUUGAUGACAUGUUUGAAGAUAUGGAGAAAAUGUUUUCUUUCAGUGGUUUUGACACCACCAAUCGGCACACAGUACAGACUGAAAAUAGAUUCCAUGGAUCUAGCAAGCACUGCAGGACUGUCACUCAACGAAGAGGAAAUAUGGUUACUACAUACACUGACUGUUCAGGACAGUAAUUCCAUUUUUUUCUCUGUUCUCAGUAAACGCAACUAGUUGACCCUUAAUAUCUUUGAUGCAAAACAAUUUUCUGUGAACUAUUUUGACAAGUGCAUGAUUUCACUUUAAACAACUUGACAUAGCUAUUAAAUAUAUUUAAGUUGUUUUUAACAAAUUCAGCAACAUUCAACUAGUAGGCAAAAUGCUAAAUUAUUAAUUUCCCUGAUUAGGAAAGAUUCUUUAAAAAAAAGAUGUAGUUCUGCCUAGUCCUUUUUCUCUAUGUGCCCUUGAGCUCACUAAUGUGGCUAGUUUUAUUACCAAGAACAGAUUGCGUUUGCCUGAUAUAUAUUUAAAGAUUAAAACUUUAAAAAGUUAUUGUAGACUUAAAUUGUGUGAACUUGAAUGAUUUUUGCAGUGAAACCUUUACUAAUGUAAAAUUGCAUGCUCUGUAGCAGCUGUGACUUGGGUUGCUAAAUGUACAUGAAACUGUAAUUGAGUUAUUCAGCAAAGGAGAACAGUAUCUUGGUUAAUUGCCACUGAAAGCUUUAGAAAGGGAUGGUUUGAUAUUUAACACAGAACCAUACUUUUCUACAGUGAAAUUGGGGUAAAAAAUGAUUUUAUUGCUUAGAGUCUUUUGGGCUGGAAAAAAGUUGAAAACUUAUGAAAUAUUGCCAAGAGAUUGUUAUGUGUUUGGUCCCUGGCUAAAAAUAAUUUUGUAGUGUUGAAAUCAUAGCUACUUAUACAUCUUUCACAUUUCUUUCUUAGUUGUUGGCACUCUAGGUUUUACCAUGGGUUGUUUUUUUUUUUUUUGUGUGUGUGUGUGUAGUUCCUCUUUGUACUUACCUUUAUCUAGAGAUUGACUAAUACCUCAUUCUGUUUGUAAAACCAGCCAGUAAUUUCUGUGCAACCUUAUUAUGUGCAAUAUUUUUAAAUCCUAAGAAAUGUGUGCUUUUGUUUUCAGAUAGACUUAAUUUUCUUUAGUUCUGCACCUUUCCACAUUAUACUCCGUACGAGUAUUAAUCCUAUGGAUACAUAUUAAAACUAGUAAAUGUCUCAUACAACAUUGUAUGUGAGAGGAAUAUAAAUAUUUACAACCUGA